AUGAAGCUUAUAUCUUGGAAUGUUAGAGGUAUUGGCAAGCCUGAGAAGAGGGGUAGAAUUAAAAAGCUCCUAAAAGAUAGGCACAUUGAUGUGGCAUUCUUUCAAGAAACAAAGAAGGUAAUAGUGUCAGAUUCUGUGGCUAGGGGGCUAUGGGGUAAUAGGAAUAUGGAGUUCUUGUCUGUGGACCCUGAAGGCUCAGCAGGUGGGCUCCUGUGCAUCUGGGAUCCUGGUGUGUUCCAAUUAUCUGGUAGCUGCUGUAACAGGAGGUUUAUUUUACUCUCAGGUACAUUGUAUAACUCUUUUCAUUGUGUUAUGCUUAACAUUUAUGCUCCUAAUGAGGUCAGCAACAAUUCCACUUUUUGGAAUGCUCUUCUCAACCUCAAGGUUUUCUUUCCUUUCCCUUGGUGCUUGGGAGGGGAUUUCAAUGAGAUUAGACAUAUGGGAGAGAGAGUUGGAUGUUCCCAGAGAGACAGGGGUAUGAAUGACCUCAAUGAGUUUAUAGAUGCCUGUGAACUGAACGACCUUCCUUUCUAUGGUAGAAAAUACACUUGGUGUAAUGCUCAGGAGGCUCAGAAAUGGAGCAGAGUUGAUAGGGUCUUACUUAGCCCUAAAUGGUUGAUUCACUUCAACAUGAAGCUUUGGGGUUUGCCUAGGCUCAUAUCAGAUUAUUGCCCUUUAUUGUUGAUGAAAGAUGACAGAUAUUAG